AUGCCAUCCAUUUACGCUGGUCUACAUUUACCAAAUAAACCCGAUGAAUUUCUAACACUGGAUCACAUAGAUCUUGACAAAAAUGUACUCCAUCUGAAACAGCAAAUUGCCGAGAAGUGUCAAUUCCAGGCGGAAAAUCUUGAGGUGAUCUAUGACGGUUUACCAUUGACAGAUGAGGAGAAGCUAAGCGAAACCCUGAAGCCGGGUGCCAGUACCAUACAUACGGUGCAUUGUUUCCAAAAGACAAAGAAAUAUACCCCAUAUGUUCCAUCUGAGAAGCUAAAGGAUGCUGUCGACACGGCCCAAUCAUUGUUUUAUACUAUAGGCAACAUACAAAUUAAUGUCAGCUGCCGUGUGAAUAUAUUGCAAAAAAUCCUCGCAGAAUAUCCGGAAUUUCGUAGAAAUUCCGCUGCCUUGGCAUUGAUCAGAGAUUCGGUGCUGUUUAAUACUCUACAUCAACCCGAAGUGAUUAGGAAAAUUGCCGAACAUUAUCCUAUUAUCAUAGAAGCGGCACCAUUUAUUGUUAGUACGGUGCGUAAGGAAUUGGCACGUAAUGGUUCGUCGUCAAAGUUCUCCGAACCGGCAACAGAUUCGACAAAUUCCUCCGAAGAAGAAAACUCGGUUGGCAGUAAUGAAAGAGGCAGCCGUGAUGAUGAUAGAACCAGCAGUGGACGCAGCCAAUCUGAGAAUGCCCGGAUACGUAUGAUAAGUCGUCAACAGUUGCAGGCUGCAUUGGCCCAAAUUAGUUCCGGUUCGGCAAAUUCUCUAUCGAAUAUUGCCGCGAGAAAUAGUGAAACAUCUGUGGCCGCAUCGGCAUCAGAAACAACUUCGACACCAUUAUCCAGUUCGGCAAGUGGUGAACGUAUUUCGGCAGAUGUUUUGCGUAAUGAGUUACAGAGAGCAUUGGAUACAUUGGUCCAACCAAUGGAUACGACAGAACAACAGGCAGUCAACACUUCGGUUACAGAUGAUGGAGAUAUACCAUCGGCAUUGAGAACACAUCCCUAUGCCGAACAAUUGCGGACAAUGCAACAAAUGGGAUUUUUGAAUCAUGAAGAAAAUUUGAAUUUCCUUAAUUUGGCCAAUGGAAAUAUUGAACAGGCUGUUAAUUUGUUAAUGGCUGCAAUGAUGUAA